CUGCUGUGCCGCUUUUGUUUUUGGAAGCGACCUGCCCACAACACAAGCUGUCGCUUCCUCUGCAGAAUUUGUCCGAUGGAGCAAAGGCACUCGGCGCGGUUCGGUGCAAAAAGGCAACAAUGCGACCGGCAUGCAAACAACACAGAUCGUACUGGAAAUUUGACACGGCACCAUAGAACACACACAGGAGAGAAACCCUUCAAGUGCAGUGUGUGUGGGAAGGCCUUUUCACUUUCACCAAAUCUUCAAAUACACCAGAGAACACACACAGGAGAGAAACCCUUCAAGUGCAGUGUGUGUGGGAAGGCGUUUGCACAUUCAUCUAAUCUUAAAAAACACCAGAGAACACACACGGGAGAGAAACCCUUCAAGUGCAGUGUGUGUGGGAAGGCGUUUUCACAGUCACCACAUCUUCAAGUACACCAGAGAACGCACACAGGAGAGAAACUCUUUAAGUGCAGUUUGUGUGGGAAAGCGUUUUCAGAUCCAUCUGCUCUUGUAAGACACCAGAGAACACACACGGGAGAAAGACCCUUCAAGUGCAGUGUGUGUGGGAAGGCGUUUGCACUUUCACCAAAUCUUCAAUUACACCAGAGAACACACACAGGAGAGAAACCCUUCAAGUGCAGUGUGUGUGGGAAGGCGUUUGCACUUUCACCAAAUCUUCAAUUACACCAGAGAACACACACAGGAGAGAAACCCUUCAAGUGCAGUGUGUGUGGGAAGGCGUUUUCACGUUCAACAAAUCUUCAAAGACACCAGAGAACACACACAGGAGAGAAACCCUUCAAGUGCAGUGUGUGUGGGAAGGCUUUUGCACUUUCACCAAAUCUUCAAAUACACCAGAGAACACACACAGGAGAGAAACCCUUCAAGUGCAGUGUGUGUGGGAAGGCGUUUUCAGAUCCAUCUACUCUUGUAAGACACCAGAGAACUCACACGGGAGAGAAACCCUUCAAGUGCAGUGUGUGUGGGAAGGCGUUUUCAGAUCCAUCUGCUCUUGUAAGGCACCAGAGAACUCACACGGGAGAGAAACCCUUCAAGUGCAGUGUGUGUGGGAAGGCGUUUGCACUUUUACCAAAUCUUCAAAUACACCAGAGAACACACACAGGAGAGAAACCCUUCAAGUGCAGUGUGUGUGGGAAGGCCUUUUCACUUUCACCAAAUCUUCAAAUACACCAGAGAACACACACAGGAGAGAAACCCUUCAAGUGCAGUGUGUGUGGGAAGGCGUUUGCACAUUCAUCUAAUCUUAAAAAACACCAGAGAACACACACGGGAGAGAAACCCUUCAAGUGCAGUGUGUGUGGGAAGGCUUUUUCACAGUCACCACAUCUUCAAGUACACCAGAGAACGCACACAGGAGAGAAACUCUUUAAGUGCAGUUUGUGUGGGAAAGCGUUUUCAGAUCCAUCUGCUCUUGUAAGACACCAGAGAACACACACGGGAGAAAGACCCUUCAAGUGCAGUGUGUGUGGGAAGGCGUUUGCACUUUCACCAAAUCUUCAAUUACACCAGAGAACACACACAGGAGAGAAACCCUUCAAGUGCAGUGUGUGUGGGAAGGCGUUUGCACUUUCACCAAAUCUUCAAAUACACCAGAGAACACACACAGGAGAGAAACCCUUCAAGUGCAGUGUGUGUGGGAAAGCGUUUGCACUUUCACCAAAUUUUCAAAUACACCAGAGAACACACACAGGAGAGAAACCCUUCAAGUGCAGUGUGUGUGGGAAGGCGUUUUCAGAUCCAUCUGCUCUUGUAAGACACCAGAGAACUCACACGGGAGAGAAACCCUUCAAGUGCAGUGUGUGUGGGAAGGCCACGGAUCGUACUGGAAAUUUGACCUUGCACCAGAGAACUCACACGGGAGAGAAACCUUUCAAGUGCAGUGUGUGUGGGAAGACGUUAGCACAGUUAUCAAAUCUUCAAAUACACCAGAGAACACACACGGGAGAGAAACCCUUCAAGUGCAGUGUGUGUGGGAAUGCGUUUUCACAGUCAUCUGCUCUUUUAACACACCAGAGAACACACACAGGAGAGAAACCCUUCAAGUGCAGUGUGUGUGGGAAGGCGUUUGCACAUUCACCACAUCUUCAAAGACACCAGAGAACACACACAGGAGAUAAACCCUUCAAGUGCAGUGUGUGUGGGAAGGCGUUUUCACGUUCAUCUACUCUUGUAACACACCAGAGAACUCACACAGGAGAGAAACCCUUCAAGUGCAGUGUGUGUGGGAAGGCGUUUGCACAGUUAGCUACUCUUCAAAAACACCAGAGAACAUACACGGGAGAGAAACCCUUCAAGUGCAGUGUGUGCGGGAAGGCAUUUUCACAGUCAUCUGCUCUUGUAAUACACCAGAGAACACACACGGGAGAGAAACCCUUCAAGUGCAGUGUGUGUGGGAAGGCGUUUUCACAGUCAUCACAUCUUCAAGAACACCAGAGAAUACACACGGGAGAGAAACCCUUCAAGUGCAGUGUGUGUGGGAAGGCGUUUUCACAUUCAUCUCCUCUUAUAAAACACCAGAGAACUCACACAGGAGAGAAACCCUUCAAGUGCAGUGUGUGUGGAAAGGCGUUUUCACGUUCAUCUACUCUUGUAACACACCAGAGAACUCACACAGGAGAGAAACCCUUCAAGUGCAGUGUGUGUGGGAAGGCGUUUUCACGGUCACCACAUCUUCAAGUACACCAGAGAACACACACGGGAGAGAAACCCUUCAAGUGCAGUGUGUGUGGGAAGGCGUUUUCACACACGGAUCGUACUGGAAAUUUGACCUUGCACCAGAGAACUCACACGGGAGAGAAACCCUUCAAGUGCAGUGUGUGUGGAAAGAUGUUAGCACAGUUAUCAAAUCUUCAAGUACACCAGAGAACACACACAGGAGAGAAACCCUUCAAGUGCAGUGUGUGUGGGAAUGCGUUUUCACAUUCAUCUGCUCUUGUAACACACCAGAGAACACACACGGGAGAGAAACCUUUCCAGUGCAGUGUGUGUGGGAAGGCGUUUGCACAUUCACCACAUCUUCAAAGACACCAGAGAACACACACAGGAGAGAAACCCUUCAAGUGCAGUGUGUGUGGGAAGGCGUUUUCACAGUCACCACAUCUUCAAGUACACCAGAGAACACACACUGGAGAUAAAGCCUUCAAGUGCAGUUUGUGUGGGAAGGCGUUUUCAGAUUCAUCUACUCUUGUUAUACACCAGAGAACUCACACGGGAGAGAAACCCUUCAAGUGCAGUGUGUGUGGGAAGGCGUUUUCAGAUUCAUCUACUCUUGCAAGACACCAGAGAACACACACGGGAGAGAAACCCUUCAAGUGCAGUGUGUGUGGGAAGGCGUUUGCACAGUCAUCUACUCUUGUAAGACACCAGAGAACACACACGGGAGAGAAACCCUUCAAGUGCAGUGUGUGUGGGAAGGCGUUUGCACAGUCAUCAAAUCUUCAUCGGCACCAGAGAACUCACACGGGAGAGAAACCUUUCAAGUGCAGUGUGUGUGGGAAGGCCUUUUCACUUUCACAAAAUCUUCAAAGACACCAGAGAACACACACGGGAGAGAAACUCUUCAAGUGCAGUGUGUGUGGGAAGGCGUUUGCACAUUUAUCUACUCUUAAAAAACACCAGAGAACACACACGGGAGAGAAACCCUUCAAGUGCAGUGUGUGUGGGAUGGCGUUUUCAGUUUCAUAUACUCUUGUAACACACCAGAGAACACACACGGGAGAGAAACCCUUCAAGUGCAGUGUGUGUGGGAAGGCGUUUGCGCGUUCAUCUGCUCUUACAAAACACCAGAGAACACACACAGGAGAGAAACCCUUCAAGUGCAGUGUGUGUGGGAAGGCGUUUUCACUUUCACCAAAUCUUCAAAGACACCAGAGAACACACACGGGAGAGAAACCCUUCAAGUGCAAUGUGUGUGGGAAGGCGUUUGCACUUUCAUCUACUCUUAAAAAACACCAGAGAACACACACAGGAGAGAAACCCUUCAAGUGCAGUGUGUGUGGAAAGGCAUUUUCACAGUCACCACAUCUUCAAGGACACCAGAGAACACACACAGGAGAGAAACUCUUUAAGUGCAGUGUGUCUGGGAAGGCGUUUUCAGAUUCAUCUGCUCUUGUAACACACCAGAGAACACACACAGGAGAGAAACCCUUCAAGUGCAGUGUGUGUGGGAAGGCGUUUUCACGUUCACCAAAUCUUCAAAGACACCAGAGAACACACACGGGAGAAAAACCCUUCAAGUGCAGUGUGUGUGGGAAGGCGUUUUCACUUUCACCAAAUCUUCAAAGACACCAGAGAACUCACAAGCAUCAGAAGAUC